AAUUUGCAUUUUAUGAGUUUCAAAUCACAAGACUUUUAAAAUAAUUGCGUUUAUAUAAUGUUCUACUUGCAUGCUGGUGAGUUUAUAGCUUACAGUAUUAACACUGCUUUCAUUGCAUCUUGUUUGUUUGUGUUUUCAAAUCAAGGGUUUUGUGCACGGAUUAUUUUCUUAAAAGUUUUCCAUAGAACAAAACAUUUUAAAUAACUUCAAAGGAGAAAAAUAUUCCUUCUGCCUCUGCAUAUUUAUUUUACUGUGUUUCUAGCACUGUAGAAUUUUUUUUUUAAUUUGUAUGUUGUAAGGUGGUAAAGGUGGGCAUUAGCUUUGAAAGUAAUUAAGAAAUCUUUUAGUUUAUUCAUAGCUUUAUCUGAAAUUUAUGCAUCAACCUUGCUAAGAAACCCCAGACAGGCACCAUUUUACUUACCCCUUUAUUCAGAACUCCAGCACCAGGUGGAUUCUCCAGCCCUGCCUUUCCAUCUCACUCACAUUUUAGCCCUCUAGCCUUACUUGGCUCAGUUCUGUAGUUAUUUCCUCAUUCUUUUCUACCAUAAACAUUUACUGAAUCCCUAUUCAUAUACCAAGCUCUGUUCUGGAGGAUAGGGAUAUGCUGUUAAAUAAAAGGUGAUCCCUUUUGGAGUGACAAAUUCAUAAGUAAUUACAUUUAACUGUGUGUGAUAAAUCCUGUAAUGGAGAGAGGUACACAGUACAGUGGUGGUGGAUUUUUAAAAAGUCAGUUCUCCUUGGGAGAUUGUAGAAGACUUAGGAGAGCGUGGAGUAUUUGAGCUGGACUCCUAGAUGGAAAAAGGGCAGGGGGAGCUGGGGAUGAGAGUCCAGGUGGAAGGAAUAGAGUGACUUAGUUUACAACCAUCCUUGAUCCAGACGCUUGCUAGUCAUCUUUAUUUCCUGAUUCCUCCCUCCUAAGUGGUGUAACCAAAAGUAUUAUGGCAUAAUCCUGCCAUCAGCCAUAAUAUUAUACUGAAUUUUGAAUAGAUAAUUUGAAUUAGAUUUUCCAUUCAAAAGGAGUAAUGAGCCACCUAAGACAGAAGGUCAUUAGGGAGCUGGCUAGCUAUACUUGGCUUUCCACAUCUUUGGGUAGACCUGUCAUCUGUUCAUCUUUUUUAGUUCUUUCCUUCUUAUCUCAAGACUUACUGUAAAUAAAAGGCUGCUUUGUUUGAGAUAUUUUUAUUUUGGAGAGUGUUAUUUUUCUCAAAAUUGAUUUAGUGUGGCUAAGGGGAAAAACUGAAGAGGCAGCUGUCAUAGUGAUGGUAUUUCUGAAGAGGUUCAAACUCUAGAAAGAAAAUUACUGUAGAAAAAGGCCGUCUAACUAAGAGUCUUUAUGUCCUUGAAUUUCAUACUCAAGAACACUUAUAAGAAAAAUGACUGGUCAAAGGAAUCAUUGUAGGAAAAAGUGAGAACAGGCAUCAGGUUAGAACAUUUCAAGCUAUGACGGGGAUAAAAGAAAGAAUAAGAUGUCAGCCACCAUUAAAUAAAGAUCAUUUAAAUAUUCUCCUUUUUAAUUUGACAAAUGGUGACCAUAAAUCUGACCAGCGGGGUGGAGAGAACGCAUGUAUGUGGUGCUCUUACCAUUUUGUGUGACACGGAGCUUGUACUGUACCAUCUAAACAGGGUGCCACCAAGUCACACUGAAACAGGAUUGCAGGAUCUCCACUGUUGCCAUACUUUUCUCACCUCUCACCAACUCCUUUGCUUACUGUUGCUCUCUUCCUGGACUGCAGCUCAGUGGCAGAAAGAAUGAGAAUAGCUUUUCAAGUCCUGAAUGUAAAAUAUUCAUUUUGUCAAGAUUUGGUAUUCUAAAAUGGAAUAUAUAUGUGUACAACACACACACACACACACACAUAUAUAUACAUAUACAAUUUUUUUUCCUGCCUGUGAGGAGGCGGCAUGUACCAAGAGCUCCGUUAGGGGAGAACAUACUGCUUUCUUGGAAUGAGAGGAAAGCUUUGAGGAAUCAUUACAUGGUCAGAAUUCUGUUUAUAUAAGUGAGGAGAAAGUACUGUUAUUUUUGUUUGGACUUUUAUAGUUUAUUGGGUUUAAGGGUGUGUGUAUAUGUGUGUGUGUGUGUGUAUAUAUAUAUAUAAAAAACAUAUAUGUAUCAGAUGUAAAGUUUUUAUUUCCUUAGAAAUUUGAAAGGACAUUCAUAAUACUGACCAGAAGAACUCAGAGGAAAGUAAGGUACACUGGUGCCAUAUUGCACUAGCUAAUAUUUUAGUACUUUAAUCAAUAAUCUGGUUUGUGCAGUUGGCCAAAAUUUGCCAUUUUAAGGACGUAGAAGAUAUAUCUUCAUGCUGAUAUCAGGCUACAUCAUCACCAUCUUUCUACUCGAGAAGUCGUUUUCGAUCAGGACUCUCAAUUAGGAGCUUUCCUUUGUCGCGACUGUUUGACUAGCUCACGGUCGGCUCCUGCCCCUUGUCGUCAGGAUCCUACGACUUCCGCAGUCACGGUCGUGACUGACAUAAAGGCAGCGGAAGCCUUUCCAAGCGUAAGGUUCUCGAACUGGAUACAACGGGAAACAGGAGUCCCACUUUUCCAACGGAUGCAGGGAAAUGGUGCAGGAGGCCAUUGGGAGACAAAGGAUACGCACCUGGUUAUUCCUGGCAGGGAUACAGUUAAGAAAAUUUAACCUUAUUUUCAUCUGUACUGAAUGGAAAUGUUUUUACUUGGCAUAUGUAGUGAAAACAGAACAUCAGUAAUCCCAAGGAUCUGGGUUGUCUCAUUAUACAUGCUAAGUAGUGGAGAGAAUUCGAGUUCUUAAAAUUUUAACUCCAGAAUUCAUUUGCUAGAGGAGCCCUUCCGCGUCGUCGUCGUCGUCGUCGUCGUCGUCGUCGUCGUCCCCCUCCCCGCAAUCAGAUCAGACCUGAAGUACUUUGCGGAGGCCCGUUUGAGGCCACGAGAGCUGGGCUUGCCUUGCGCAGCCGCAGUAGCAGGCCCCGUCCAAAGGUCCCGGCCUUGCGCAGCCGCAGUAACAGGCUGAGCAAACGGCCAACGGUCACAGCUCUCUGCUUUUGAGCUUGUAAGGCUGCCUGCUGCUUUCUUCCUAUCUCUCUUCCUUCACCUCUCGAGUGAGUAGCCAUGAGCUGGGCUGUGGGAAUGCAGCGGGCCAGCCAGAGAGUGGGCGCUGUGAGAGCAAAUUGCCUGUGCCCGGGAAUGGUGUUGAGUCCCUGCCAGCCGGCAGGCAUCGCCCACAGGGGCACCUGGCCCAUCGCCCCCGCGUCCAAGAUGGCUACGGUCAAGUGUGAGCUUAUGAAGAAUUUCCCCUCAGAGGAGCCCGUUCGUUGCAAUAAGAUCUCCAUUGUAGGAACUGGAUCGGUUGGCAUGGCCUGUGCUAUCAGCAUCCUGUUAAAAGGCUUGAGUGAUGAACUUGCCUUGGUGGAUGUUGAUGGAAGCAGACUGAAGGGUGAGACAGUGGAUCUUCAGCAUGGCAGCCCUUUUGUGAAAAUGCCCAAUAUUAUUUCCAGCAAAGAUUACCUUGUCACUGCAAACUCCAACCUCGUGAUUAUCACAGCAGGUGCACGCCAGGAAAAAGGAGAAACACGCCUUAAUUUAGUCCAGCGAAAUUUGGCCAUCUUUAAGUUAAUGAUUUCCAGUAUUGUUCAGUACAGUCCUCGCUGCAAACUGAUUGUUGUUUCCAAUCCAGUGGAUAUCUUAACUUACGUAGCCUGGAAGUUGAGUGGAUUUCCCCAAAACCGUAUUAUUGGAAGUGGUUGUAAUCUGGACACUGCCCGUUUCCGUUUCUUGAUCGGGCAGAGGCUUGGUAUCCAUUCUGAAAGCUGUCAUGGGUGGAUCCUUGGAGAGCAUGGAGACUCAAGUGUUCCUGUGUGGAGUGGGGUGAACAUCGCUGGUGUCCCUCUGAAGGAUCUGAACGUAGAUAUAGGAACUGAUAAAGAUCCUGAGCAGUGGAAAAAUGUGCACAAAGAUGUGGUUGCUAGUGCCUAUGAGAUUAUUAAAAUGAAAGGUUGUACUUCUUGGGCCAUUGGCCUGUCUGUAGCUGACUUAACAGAAAGUAUUGUGAAGAAUCUUAGGAGAGUGCAUCCAGUUUCCACCAGAAUUAAGGGUCUCUAUGGAAUAAAUGAAGAAGUAUUCCUCAGUGUUCCUUGUAUCCUGGGAGGGAGUGGUAUUACCAACCUUAUAAAAGUAAAGUUGGCCCCUGAAGAAGAGACCCAUCUGCAGAAGAGUGCAAAAACACUUUGGGAAAUUCAAAAGGAGCUUAAGUUUUAAAGUUGUUUAAAACUACCAUUCUGAAGUUAUUGAAGAAAAGAGAGUAGUUAUGGAGUUGUGUAUGUCCAGUUUUUGAAUAAACUUGAAUUCCUAAAAGUUG